UUAAUUUAUUGGUUUAUUUAUUGAUAAAAUUUAAUGUUUUGCUUUUUUAAAUAUGAUGCAAACUGCUACAAAUUUUGAUGGCAAUAUUUUAUCAUACCUUCAUUCGUAAAUGACACAUUAUUAUAUAAUCAUUUUCACCGGGCUUUUGAAGCGGCCGUAGCUGUCAAACGGCAUUCAAUGUCAAACGGUAUUCAAUGUUCAGCUCGCAAACUGCCGGCCUUUUCGCUGUAAAAGAAACAGAAAGAUUCAGUGCAAUAGUUUGAUAAAAUUGGUUAACAAUGAAUAAUCUACUGAAGCGUCCGGAUAUGACGGAGCGUUGUAUUUGGAAGAUACUAACAUCCAAGCGCCUGCUGAUAGAUCAUCUGGAAGUGGUUGAAAUUUGCUUCAAAUUUGAACAGAACAUCACCCAGGCGGGAAUCAUGCAGAAACCUGUUCGUUCACGUAAAAUCGUGUGUGCCGGAUGCCUUUUAACCAUAGCAGCAGUCACCCGAUUCUCGCCUUCCUAUGUAACAAGUCCAUGGCAGAUAGUAGCAUCCACUACCAGCGCUCUACUGCUCGGUGGUGUAGCGUAUGAGGAAUUCUUUUACUAUUGCGAUCGCACCAUAAUCACAAGACUCAUAAAAUCCAUCGAUCUGUACGACCAUACAAUGAAGAAAAUGCUGAUGUUUAUGAAUGAAGUGAUCUACGGCAAUCAACGUAUUAGUUGUUUAAGAAAUGGCGCAAAUGAGAAAGAAAUGCUUCGGAUUUGUACGGGAAACUGCAUCAAAGCCAUCAACACCAUGUACGAUUAUGUACAAGAAUUAGAAGAGAAAACGGAAUUACGCGACGAGUUCAGCUCAUUUUACGAUCUGCUGGAGACUUUAGAAAAUUGUGAUGCAUUUAAACAAUUGGUACCGAAUCUAACUAUGGCAAAGGAAUUGUACAAUAUCUUUCUGUACAUGCAAUCUCACUGCCUGCUGCGAUUGUCCCUAGCUAUAUUGAGCGAUCUGAAAAUAAGUGUAAUAAAGGUCGAAACCAAUCGUCUCAUCGAUUGUCUCAACAGUCAAGCAGGAGAGCUUAAAAAGCAAUUGAUGCUGAACGGAUUAUCGCAAAUGGAAGAUUUGGUGAUGGAGAACGAAAUAAAAGAAUCCGGUUUACGUGAGCUGUUGUCCGUGAAGCACCAUUCGCUUGACCUAGCAGUGAAGCUAACGGCGAAUGUUCAGCAAAUGAUACUGAUAGAUAAUAACAUCCAAUGUCUCGUUAACCCUGAAUCGUGGCUCGGGCGAUUGCAACUGCAGAACGCAGUUAAUAAUCUAUCCGCCGUUCAAUCUUACUUCCAAACACGCAUGGUCGAAUGUGAACGCUUAACGAUUGCGGUAAAAAAGUUGCUGAACAGUUCCGAAAAAGCUCGCCAACACGAACAAGUAUUAGACGUCGAGACAGCGAACGAAUCCACGUAUGAUGAACCGAUUUCCGAAUCACAAAAUGCAACACACCGGUUGCAGGAUGAGUUUUUCGUAAACACCGGUACUGAAGCUGAAGAAGACGGUGACGAUAUCGCUUCAGGGCAGUACGCACUGCAAGUAGAGGAGGAACUGGUUGCCAAACGGUUGAUGAAAAAACAAUUUCAACCUAUUUUGCUACAGCUCCGUGAACGGCUCGUACCAGUUGAAGAGUCGUUUAAGCAGCGCGAACGAAUUGCGCUGGAACUGAAGGGGAUUAUAAUUCCUGACGAAGAAGAAUCUCACGAUGAAUCUAAACUGGCCAGCCAACCGGCACCACUCGACUCUGAUGAUGAUUCUGAUGAUGAAGAGUUGGAAGCGCAGAUGAAGCGUAAUCGCAGCCAAAACAAGUACAAAGCUGAUCGUGAUUUUCUAGCUAGUAAGCAGCAGAUCUCAUUCCUGCUCUCUAUUCCCAAGGAUGUACAGAUGGAUGAAAAUAUCCUGGAGUAGCAGCAAUAUUCCAGUGCCAGCAGGAGCCACGAGAUGUUCGUCUACACGAACCUCGUGCAUGGUGGGAUUAACAGGGUAUUUUCAUAGCUUUAUUAAUUUAAAUUAACUUAAUGCGACCAUUAUGUAUGCAAAAUUGUUUGCAAACACUCGAAGAGAUUUAGCAAUAAAACGUUAUCUUGAACAAUAGUAUGGUGUUCUUUUAUUUGCGAAUAUGCUGGAAAUUACUUUCCGAUUUGAAUGUUAGUCAGCAUAUUUAACGACCA